AUGUCGCUCUCGUGCCAGUCCGCGCUGCGCGUCUGCGCCCGCGCUGCCCGCGCCUCGCCCGCCCGCGCCUCCGUCUCCCGCCUGCAGCAAGCCCGGAGAUGGCAGUCCACCGACGCCGCCGCAGCUCCCGUAAACCCGAAGAUUGCCUCCAUCGUCGACCAGAUCAGCCAAUUGACCCUGCUUGAGACCGCCGACCUCGUCUCCAACCUCAAGACCCGCCUCAACAUCCCCGACAUGCCCGUCGGCGGCUUCGCCGCUGGGCCCGCCGCCGCGGCCGCCGCACCCGCGCCCGUCGAGGAGGAGGAGGCGGCGCCGGCCGCGCAGGAGAAGACGCUGUUCAACCUGAAGCUGCAGAGCAUCGAUACGGCCUCCAAGCCCAAGAUCAUCAAGGAGGUCAAGAGCAUGCUGGGCCUGUCGCUGGUGGACAGCAAGAAGUUCGUCGAGAGCGCGCCCAAGAUGAUGAAGGAGUCGGUGCCCAAGGAGGAGGCCGAGAAGAUCAUCGAGACCAUGAAGGGUCUUGGCGCCGUCGUUGUCAUGGAGUAA